CCAUUACAGCGUUAUUAUCGCCUUGUUGAGCCUUGGAAUGUGUGACAUUCGAUGCCAAGACCGACGUCUUAAACUACAGACCUAUGGUAUCGGCAUGAUCAACAUCGCUGACCGAACUCGAUCGAGGAUAUGUACCGCUGUAUACACCGCAUGCGCUAGAAAAACAGGCGGGUUGUACCUCUGUCUGAUGCUGAAUGAUCCAUUGUGGGCCUGAGCAGAUAUAAGGCAGCUCCUUGCUGCUGGAUUGGUGAUGCUGGGCCCUGGCAUCCACGCUUCUGAGCUACCGCUGACAAUUGCUCCCAGGAUGGUAUCAAGUCUCAAAUUGGUCGUUGCCGCGGUUUGCAGCCACGUGCUGAUAGCAACAAACACCAUGCCCUUCGAUGCUCGCGAGGCGACGAUUGACUCCGUUCAUCAUGCGCUCUACACGGGACUGGCAACAUGCCGAGAGGUCGUCUCAGCCUUUAUUGCUCGCAUCGAAGCUCACAACAACUUGACGAACGCUAUCAUCACUCUAAACCCCAAUGCGUUGAGCCUGGCGGAUGCCUAUGAUGAGCUACUUGCGGCAGGCAAUGCUACGGGGCCUCUUUUCUGUGUGCCUGUCUUACUGAAGGACAACUACGACACUGCAGAGAUGCCGACCACAGGAGCUAGUCUCGCACUUGCAAGGUCACAGCCGACUGAAGAUGCACCGAGCGUGGUAGCAUUGAGAAGCGCUGGAGCUGUCAUCCUGGGCAAGACGAACUUACACGAGCUUGCGCUGGAGGGAAUUAGCGUGUCUUCCCUGGGUGGUCAGACUAUCAACCCGUAUGAUGCGACUCGCACGCCUGGUGGAAGUUCUGGUGGCACAGGCGCGGCUGUAGCAUCCUCUUUCUGCGUUUUCGGUACGGGUACAGACACAGUCAAUUCACUUCGAAGUCCGGCAUCAGCAAAUUCCUUGUGCAGCAUUCGGCCUACGAGAGGCCUCGUCACACGUACUGGCAUCAUGCCUAUAUCGUACACUCACGACACCAUUGGGCCGAUUGCAAGAUCAACCAAGGAUGUAGCAACAGCUCUGACAGUCAUGGCUUCGACGGGCUAUGAUCCAGCUGACAAUGCGACGGCGUUGGUACCGAACCGUAACGUCGACUACGCCGCAACACUUGGGACUACUGAGCUUGGUGGUCUUCGUAUCGGCGUCCUGGAUGGCUUCUUCAACCACUCUGAAUCACCAGAAGUCACACCUGUCAACAAGGCCAUGGACGCUGUGAUGUCCAGGUUGGAAGCCGAAGAUGUCACUUUGGUCCCAAUCAUGGAGUCUAUAUACAAUGCGACCGCGAUCCAGGCUGCGCUCGAUGUUCAACGUUACGAGUACCGCGAGCUCAUGGACGAGUACCUCCUGCGUCCAACACUGUCCGGGGAACGACCUAAUACGCUUAACGAGCUGUACUUGCGCAAAGCAGUCAAUGGUUCUGGUGGGGAAUUCGUCGUCCUGCCAUCGCAGUAUGAAUACGUUAACACUGCGCUUGUCUCUUCGACGAGGAACGAGACAUAUAUCCAGCGUCAGAACGGCAUCCGCAACCUCACUCUAGCGUUGCAACAAACUUUUGCCGCGAACGAUCUAGACGCGAUCAUCUACCCAGAGCAGAAGAAUCUGGUUGUAAAGAUUGGAUCUCCGUCGCAGAGCGGCCGCAAUGGAAUUCUCGCAGCGCUCACGGGUGUUCCUGUUGUGACUGUCCCUGCAGGGUUCAGUGAGCCGAGUGCGGACGCACCAAUAGGUAUUCCAAUCGGCAUGGAGAUCCUAGGAAAGCCCUGGCAAGAGCAGAGGCUGCUAGGUAUUGGCUAUGCUGUUGAGCAGUUGCUGAAGAUCAGGAGGCCGCCAUCUUGGGCAAGAGAGGUCGUGGAGGUGCCUCAGUACAACAGUGUACCCGUGGUCGUGCCUGACAGAAACAACAUCGACGCUGCGUAUCCGCUGGGUGUUUUGUAGAUCGAAGUGGUUUACGUUCGACGAGAUGAUGGUGCACAGGUCAUGUAAUAAAGUGCAAUUGACUCGGUCGUCCAUGCGUCACGGCCAGACAUGUCUCGUCUUAUUUUAGUUCAUUUGUCUCUGGCAAGUUGCAACAAC